AUGGGAGCAGUUUCGGUCGGAGCUUCAUUCCCGCAGGGUACGUUUCAGAGCGGUGCGUUCGACCCCGACUGGGGACCAAAUUCAGCCGGGCAGUUUCAACAAGGUGCUAGCGGAAGCAGUUCGUCUUCAGGUAGUUCAGUAAGUAUCAGUACUGCAAAUGGAGUUACGACGGCCGUGGCAACUAUUGGUGGUCGACCUUACACGGCCACUUUCCCUGCGAGCAGUUCCGUCUCUAGCUCCUCGUCCAGCUAUACUGACGCCAACGGUCAACAAGUGGACGUGUUCACGAUUAUCGUCAACGGUGUCUCGUACACCUACAGAACCGUUGACGGACGCACAACUGGUCCACCCGGCGGUGGACCAUUUCACAUAGUUUCGCACUAA